GGGCGUGGCCCGGCCUGCAGGAUUUUGCCUUCCGCCUGUUCGCUGGAUCUGUCCCCAAUAUGCUGAGGGCGCUCCGGCCUGGGCCGGGCGCUCCGCUGCUCCGGACCGCGCUUGUUCUCGGGCGGCGCGGGCGGGCAUGGCAACGGCCACAAGGCCAGGACACCGGUGUGCAGGUGCAUAACAGCCUCACGGGCAAGAAGGAGCCGCUGAUCGUGGGCCGCUCGGACGCAGUCUCUUGGUAUAGCUGUGGACCGACUGUGUACGACCAUGCGCACCUUGGCCAUGCUUGCUCAUAUGUCAGAUUUGACAUCAUCCGAAGGAUCCUGACCAGCGUGUUUGGAUGCAAUGUUGUUAUGGCAAUGAGCAUUACCGAUGUGGAUGAUAAAAUAAUCAAGAGAGCUAACGAGAUGAACGUGUCGCCCGCUUCUCUUGCCAGCCUUUUUGAGGAAGAAUUUAAACAAGACAUGGCAGCCCUGAAGGUCCUGCCGCCAACCGUGUACUUGAGAGUCACCGAGAACAUCCCUCAGAUCAUCUCUUUCAUCGAAGGCAUCAUUGCCCACGGCCAUGCUUACGCGACAGCCACAGGCAGCGUCUACUUCGAUCUGCGAGCGCGAGGGGACAAGUACGGCAAGCUGGUCAACACGGUUCCCAGUGCGACUGCAGAGCCAGCAGUUGACUCUGACAAGAGGCACAGCAGAGACUUUGCCCUGUGGAAGGGAGCCAAACCCCAGGAGGUGUUCUGGGCCUCACCGUGGGGAGACGGCCGGCCCGGAUGGCACAUCGAGUGUUCUGCCAUGGCCAGCGAGGUGUUCGGAAGCCAACUGGACAUCCACACCGGCGGCAUAGACUUGGCUUUCCCACAUCAUGAAAAUGAAAUCGCACAGAGUGAAGUCUUCCACCAGUGCCAGCAGUGGGGAAAUUACUUCCUACAUUCGGGUCAUUUGCAUGUGAAAGGCAAAGAAGAGAAGAUGUCCAAAUCCCUAAAAAACUACAUCACUAUUAAGGACUUCCUGCAGACCUUCUCCCCCGAUGUCUUCCGGCUUUUCUGCUUGCGCACCAACUAUCGGUCAGCCAUUGACUACAGUGACAGUACCCUGGAGGAAGCCAGGCACCUCCUGCUGGGGCUAGCCUCUUUUGUGGAGGAUGCACGAGCCUAUGUAAAGGGGCAGCUGAUCUGUGGCCCUGUUGGGGAAGAUGUGCUGUGGGAGAGGCUGGCUAGUACCAAGAAGGCCGUGAAGGCUGCGCUAGCCAAUGACUUUGACACACCGAGGGCAGUGAACUCCAUCCUGGACCUUGUGCACCAUGCAAACAGACAGCUCAGGGCAGUCUCAAAGGAAGCUGGUGGCCCGAGAAGUCCCACUGUGUUUGGGGCCAUCGUUGCCUACAUUGAGCAGUUUUUCGAGACUGUUGGGAUUUCUCUGGCCAAGCGACAGUGUGUUUCAGGAGACAGCAGCACAGUAGCCCUGCACUGUGUGGUAGAUGAACUAGUGCGCUUCAGGCUGAAGGUCCGCCAGUAUGCACUGGCCACGCCUGGGGCCACAGGGGAGGCCCGGAAACAGCAGCUCCAGGAGAGGCAGCCCUUGCUGGAGGCAUGUGACGCACUCCGCCAGGACCUCAUGACCCACGGCAUCAAUGUUAAGGACAGAGGCCAUGCAGCCUCCACAUGGGAACUGCUGGAUCCAAGGACAAAACACCAGAAGCCCGGGACUUGAGGAUGAGGCAGCUGCAGUCCACGUGCCUGCACGCAUGGCAUCUGCUUUCUUUGUGAUGAACUUUGUAUUAAAAACUUUACAUUAAAGUUGCUAAUUGUGGCUGUUUAGCCACAGUAAAGUGA